AUGACAGAAAAUGAAAAUGAUGAAAGACUGAAGACGGAAGAUGGUAAACACUUUCAGGUGCUCUCCAGCGGGCAGCCCUGCCUCCUCUUCCAGGCCCGGAAGCUGUCGCUCCGCUACGAGAAGCAGAAGCUGCUGGACCUGACGGAGCGAGCCUUCUCUCCUCACAAACCCGUCGACACCAGCCAGUCCGUCUGCCGCCAGGACAAGGCCACGCUGGUCAUGCGGUUUGGGGAUGUGGAGGAUCUGAAAGGCCUUUCCAUCAGACUAGAGCUGUCCAACACCCUGUACGAGUCGUCGGGUCAGUGGUGGUUCUCUGUGGACGGCGUCUCGCUGCUCUACAACGCCUCGGAAGAGGCGGCGUUCAACGCCAGCGAGGUGUACGCCCCCGCCUCCUCCUCCUACCGCUGCACCCACGUCAGCAGCCUGCAGCGCUACAGCGCCCUGCUGCUGCCCGCCAGCGAGCGCGCCCGCCGCUGGGCCGUCACCUUCACCGACUUCCAGAUCCAGGCCUUCAACGUCACCGCAGGAGGCUUCUCCCCCGCCAGCGACUGCGCCACCUUCCUGACGCCGGCCAUCCUGAUGGGCCUGGUCACCUCCCUCAUCCUGCUGCUGGUGCUGGCCUACGCCCUGCACAUGGUGGUGCACCUGAAGCACAUCGAGCACGAGGACGAGCGCAAGGCGGAGGUUUACUACCCGCACGACCCGGAGGAGCUCCAUCACUGCAGCGUGGAGAACGCUGCCGAGAAAGAAGUGAUGUAGG